GAGAGAAGAAAGAGAGAAAAUGGAUGAAAUCAAAAGAGGGAUGUUCCAUGCGACUGGAAAGUGUUACAGAGCAGUGAUUAAAAAAGAAUGGAAGAAGGUUGAGGAGGAAUUUACUAAGAAAAAUAACCCUGCUGCAAUAAAGUUUCCGGUGACGAGCAGCAACGAUUUGGCGUUGCAUCUGGCAGUGUAUAGCGGGAAGGAAGAGCCAACAAGGGAACUAUUAUCAUUGCUGGUGAGAAAUUUAGAAAAGAAAGAAGAAGAUAUUGAAGAAGAUAUUGAAGAAGAUAUUGAAGGAGAUUUUUGGAAGAACAACGAGGGAAACACGCCGCUACAUGAGGCUGCGACCGUAGGGAACUUGGGAGCGGUUAAGCUUCUAGUUGAAUACAAGAAAAAGGAUAUGUUGGUGAAGAACAUUUAUGGAGAAACACCGCUGUACAGAGCUGCUAACCAUGGAAUGCUUCACAUUGUUGAAUAUUUUUUGGAUAAUUGUGAAGAUUUGUAUACUCGUUCUCCUCUCAAUUGGAUAGCUGGCCAUGAUGAUACUCCUAUCAUUCAUGCCGCCAUUCAAAGCGAAAAUUUAGAGGUGGUUUGGAAGUUGAUAGAUUUUGAUGAGAUGUUAUUGACGAUGAAGAAUUUACGAGGAGAGACAGCUCUACACGUAUUAGCAAACAUGCCCCACAUUUUUAAGAGUGGAUUCUCUAUGUCUAUGUCAUUAUUUGGACGAUUUCUCUAUCGGUUGCUUCCAAAGACGAACAUUUACACGUAUAAAUUUAGUAAUUUUGGAGCUUUAGACAACAAUGAUAAAAGUUCCACUACCCAAGACAAGAAGAAUGAAGAUAUAGAAGCAGGAUCAAACCCUGAAUGUUGCAAGAGCGGCAAAAACUUUUGUGCUGCAAUCGGGCUAUAUUUUGCAUGCUUGUUUUGGAGACUGGUCACGAAAGGGUGGCCAAAACUGGAAGAGUUCUACGCCAAAAAGCAAAAACAUAACUCAGCAAAAGCCUUAGUUUUAAAGCUAACAAACAUAGAUGAUUCAUGGUUUCAAGCCACAACAAACUCUGAUAACACUAAAGGACUUCCAGUCUAUAGAGACCAAGCUAAAAAAAGCCUUGAUGUAAGGGAUUAUAAAAAUAUAAUAUACAAGGACCAUAAUGAGACGCCGUUAUUACUAGCCACAGCUAGGGGAAUUAUUGAGGUGGUCAAAAUAAUAAUCAAAACUGACCCACAGGCAGUGGACUAUGUAACUUCCCAAAACAGAAACAUUCUACAUUUGGCCAUCCUGCAUCGACAAAAAAAGAUCUUUAAAUGGCUUCGUGCCCAAAAACUAGUAAUGGAUAGACUCUGCAAAAGGAUUGACGUUAUGGGUUUCACAGUAUUGCACCAAGUUGGAAUAGUUCAAUAUGUUCCAAUACACCAGCACGGCCCAGCUCUACAACUUCAACGUGAGCUUGUAUGGUUCGAUAGUGUUCAGAAGACCAUCCCUCCUCUCUACGCUACCCACCAGAACAAAGUUGGAUGGGAAGCAAGGGAGUUCUUCGAUGAAACACAUAAGGAAAUACUUGAUAGUGCCAAAGAAUGGCUCAAGAAUACCUCUGAGUCUUGCUCUGCUGUUGCGGUUCUCGUUGCUACUGUCGUCUUUGCAGCGGCUUUUAGUGUUCCCGGUGGUCUCAAUGGUAAAACUGGCUCUCCUGUGCUUCUCACUCAACCUUUGUACAUGGUGUUCACGAUCGUGGAUAUCAUUGGACUCACCACCUCGCUUUGCUCGGUCGUUUUCUUUCUCUCGAUUUUGACGUCUUCGUUCAAGAUGGAUGAUUUUCAACGUGCGUUGCCAUUGAAAUUGUCGCUGGGAUUUCAGUUGUUGUUUUUCUCUAUCGUAUGUACGAUGAUGGCAUUUACUCUAGCAAUUGUGUUGACGGUGAAAUCAGAGGAGAUGAAAUGGGCUGUGAGUUUUUUGUAUUUUGGGACAUUCAUGCCGAUAUUAAUGUUUAUAAUCAUUCAACUACCGUUGUGCAUGGAACUGAUCAAGAAUAUUUAUAUUUAUCGACCUUUUCUUUUGGACCUCCUUCCAUUGGGUUUGCUUCCCAAUUUUUCAAAAGCAUCGUCCAGAUUUUUGUUGCGAAAGAAAUCAACUUGAUUUUCAUCGGUGGACUUCGCGUUGGCUUUGGCAGGAACCAUCCAUGAUAGAUGAUGAACUUAAUGUAAGUUCGUACGUACUUAAUUACCUACAGAUUUAAUAAGUCUAUAAGGUUUGUACCAUAUGACGAUGUUCCAAAACUAUCAACUUUUGCCAUUGUUGUUGUUGCUUUUAUUUUUAUUUUUCUCAUGAAAAUGUCAAUGUACGAUUAGUUCUUAUUUUCAUUUUUAUCAUGAUCAUGAUUUCGAGUCUUGUAAAAAUACUUCAUUGAAAAUUGAUGAAUGUGUUUAACUUAAGUGAGCAUGCACCUUA